UGCCCGCGUUCCCCAUCCCCUCACACCGCCGCUGUCCCGCAGUGCCCCGCGUUCCUCAUCCUGUUCCGCCACUCUCCCACAGUGCCUCACGCUGCCAUUGCCCUCACACCCACAGUGCCCCGUUCCUGUUCCGUCACUGUCCCACAGUGCCCCGCGUUCCUCAUCCAGUUCCGGCACUAUCUCACAGUGUCCCGCGUUCUUCAUCCAGUUCCGGCGCUAUCCCACAGUGCCCCGCGUUCCCCAUCCCUCACGCCGCCGCUGUCCCACAGAGCCCCACGCUGCCAUUGCCCUCACGCCGCCGCUGUCCCGCAGUGCCCGCGUUCCCCAUCCCCUCACACCGCCGCCGUCCCGCAGUGCCCGCGGCCCCGCGCAGCCAUGGCGUACCGCGGGCAGGGCCAGAAGGUGCAGAAGGUGAUGGUGCAGCCCAUCAACCUGAUCUUCCGCUACCUGCAGAACAGAUCCCGGAUCCAGGUGUGGCUCUACGAGCAGGUGAACAUGAGGAUCGAGGGCUGCAUCAUCGGCUUUGAUGAGUACAUGAACCUGGUGCUGGACGAUGCUGAGGAGAUUCACUCCAAAACCAAGGCCAGGAAGCAGCUGGGUCGGAUCAUGCUGAAGGGGGACAACAUCACCCUCCUGCAGAGCGUCUCCAAUUAGGACCAGGCUGCUCCCGGCCCCAAAUGGGGAUUGGGAACUCUGGGAAUGCGGGAUGAGCCACGGGGGAAAUCCCUGAACUCCUGGGGGAAUUGUCUUUUGUACCUGGGGGGUUUCUUUGGGGAAUAAAAUGGGUUUUUUUUUUCACAAAA